CACACUUCGCCAUAACUCUCUUCCAUCCAUUGCACUCACCCCUCCUCCAUAAUGUCGUCCAAACUCAGAUGUCUUCGUUCAGCACGACUGGCUGCGCGCUACCCGUGUCGAAGAACGUUCGCCACCGCGUCAACCAACCGCGCCGACUAUGUUCGUAUAGUGGAGGUUGGCCCUAGGGACGGGCUCCAGAACGAGAAACAGACCAUACCGGUGGCAACGAAGAUAGAGCUUGUGGAGAGAUUGGCGCAAACCGGGCUGAAGACAAUAGAGGCAGGAUCAUUCGUCUCUCCGAAGUGGGUUCCUCAGAUGGCAAACUCCUCAGAGAUCCUAGAGCAUGUCCUACGAACGCCUCCUCGAGCACCCCAUCCCAUAACAUACCAAUUCCUCCUCCCGAAUGCCAAAGGCUUGGAUAAUUUUCUGUCUGUCUGGCAAUCGCAGAGUUCGGCGAAACGAGACACAUAUCCCACGCCGCCCCCAUCUCCUAGUAAUAGCCAGGAACCCACUCUCAAUACCUCCUUUCAAGGCUCCAAUCCCACGCCUUCAGCCCCUUCCGGUGCUGAUGCGACGGGCAAGGAUCGAGGCUCUACAAGCUCGGAAACCGCCCCCGAAAUCGAGCUGUCAAUAUUUACCGCAGCCACGGAGACAUUCACGCAGAAGAACACAAAUUGCUCAAUAGCAGAAUCCCUGAAGCGAUUCGAGCCAAUAAUGUCGCGAGCAAAGGAGCUAGAUCUAAAUGUACGAGCAUACAUUUCCGUAGCUCUAGGAUGUCCAUACGAGGGACCGAAUGUAGACCCUCAUAAAGUGGCGGAACUGGCCGUUAGCUUGCUCGAGAUGGGUGCGGACGAAAUAUCGGUAGCCGACACCACCGGUAUGGGCACGGCACCCAAAACAGCAGAGCUACUGAAGACGUUGAGCGCAGCCGGUGUGGAGAAGAGUGAUAUAGCGCUCCACUUCCACGACACCUACGGCCAGGCUCUGGUAAACUCAGUUGUUGGGCUUGAGCAUGGCAUCCGAACUUUUGAUGCUGCUGUUGGUGGAUUAGGAGGCUGCCCGUUUAGUCCGGGAGCUACGGGGAAUGUUGCUACCGAAGAUUUGGUUCACCUCUUUCAUAGCUUGGGUGCAAAGACAGGGGUCAACAUUGAGAAACUGUCAGAGGUUGGAGAGUGGAUAUCACAGGAGCUUGGAAGGACAAAUGAGAGUAGGGCAGGGAAGGCUACGCUGGCUCAAUUGCGUAAAGCAUCUUAGCUUCCUGGAUCCCGAAUGAGGUGACUGGCAUAAGGGGCGACCUAGCCUGAUCCCCAGCAGAAACUAACUGCACUUAUUGUACAAGUACUCUGGAAAUCGAUAUUAUAAAGGCAGGUAGUGUGAUCAGAUUCUCUCGCUAAAACUCUUAAGCUCGUCUUUUAUUUACUCCUGUCAUAUAAUUUCAACCUGCAGUCGACUACCUGGUAAAUGAUAAUGGCGGUUUCCACGCCAUCUAUCGCCG